AUGGCUACUCGUGGGGAGGUGUCGCCGCUCUUGCCGCUACACUCAGCAGCAGUGCCCACCCGACAGCUUCAGCAGCACUACGAAAAGGCUUCGGGUGCUCGAUAUCAUUGGCUAUCUCGCAUUACCUUUAGCUGGCUCGGGCCUCUGCUUGAUCAAGGCGCAGCUCAGCCACUUCAGGCCGAAGAUUUAUGGGCAUUGGAGCCCGAAGACGACACCGCGCGAGUGACCAGUACUCUACGCGAGGCCGUGCAACACGCGGAGGCUAAUAGCCAAUCGCUGUGGAUCCCGAUCCGCCGGGCCUUUGGCUUCAAUAUGUACGUGGCGGGGGCCUGCAAACUGGCUGGCGACUGCUUUGGCUUCGUUGGACCCAUUUGCAUCAAUGCGCUCAUCAAGUACGUGGAGGACCCGAAAGUAGCCAUGUUCUCCAAUUCUCACUAUGGCUACAUUCUAAGUGGCACAUUAUUCGCUGCCUCAGUGCUGCAGACUUUGUGUCUGCAUCAACACCACCACCUGGUGAUACGAGAAGCCAUUCGAGUGCGUUCGGCACUCACGAUGCUCGUGUACGAGAAGUCGCUGAAACUUUCGUCGCAAACCAAAAGCACUUUGGGUUCGGGUCGAAUUCUGAACAUGGCUACAAUCGACACAAACCGCAUCUUGGAGCUGUUCUACGUCAUCCACUACUCGUGGGCCGCUCCCGUCCAACUGAUGAUUGGCAUGCUGCUUCUAGUGCAUUAUCUGGGCGCUGCAUCGUUUGCUGGAGUGUUGAUUAUGGUCAUUCUGCUGCCUACAAGUGCUGCUCUGUCGUCCCAAGCCGCCAAAGUCUCGAAAAAGAUGCUGGAAUGCACCGAUAAGCGUCUGAAAUUCCUAACCGAGUUGCUCCAGCACAUUCGAGUGAUUAAAUUUUACGCCUGGGAGAGCGAAAUGUUCGGACAAGUGGACGAAAUCCGCGGUCAAGAACUCGGUUUCCUCAAGCAGAUGAUCGUGUGGAACGCGUACGGAAGAGUGAUCCUACAAGCUGGGCCCGUGCUCGUGUCGUUUGGCACGUUUGCAGCGUAUUUGUACGUCCAAAACGAACCUCUGACAGCUGAUAAAGCGUUCACUGCGAUCACGCUGUUCAGUAUUUUUCGCCUGCCUCUAAUGGUCCUUCCGCAGGUGUUUUCCCUCAUGUUCCAAGCGAAUGUAUCCAUCAAGAGACUCGAGUCCUUCCUGCGUCUCGAAGGCCACCAACGCAGCUCGACGUCCCUAUCCGCUUCGUUUAUUUCCGAUCCUUCGUUUGAGAUUCGUCACGCAACGUUCAAAUGGUCAGAUGAAGCUGCGAAAACCUCGAGUAAAGACGCGUCUCCUGCUCAGCUAUCCAAUGUUACGGUCUCGAUCCCUAAAGGUAAGCUAACCUUGGUGGUCGGCGCUGUUGGAAGCGGGAAAUCGACUCUACUAGCGACGUUACUGGGCGAGUUGCAGCCUGAAUACGGCGUGGUUCGGAUUCCUGCGAGAUACGUGUCUUACGCCGCACAAACGCCGUAUCUGAUCAACGCCAGUGUCCAAGACAACGUUUUAUUCGGCGCUCCGUUGGACGCAGCUCGUCUGCACCGCGUAAUUAAGAGCUGCGAGCUGGAAAAAGAGCUUUUAAGUCUUCCAAAUGGCUUCCAAAGUGAGAUCGGGGAGAACGGCGUGACGCUGAGCGGCGGACAGAAGCAACGUGUAGCCAUCGCACGCGCAGUGUACUCGAACGACCAGGAUCUUUACGUGUUCGACGACUCGCUGUCUGCUUUGGACGCGCAAGUGGCUACACGUGUGUUUAACCAGUGCUUUAACAAGGCAACGAGUGGACUUUUGGCUGGUCGCACGCGGGUUUUGAGCACGCACUCGCUGCAGUUCGCUCAUCUGGCAGACUGGAUCAUCGUCAUGGACAACAUGAAAGUCGCGGAGAUGGGUACAUUCGAGGACUUGACGCAGGUGACGCCAAACGGGAAGUUUGCUACGAUGCUAAAUGUGGACGGUGACGCGGGUGGUACUGGCGUUCUGGUUCAGGACGAGGAGAAGGCAGAGGGGAAUCUGUCGUGGAGCGUUUACUCGUCGUACUUUGUGUCUUGCGGCGUCAUUUCGACAGUUGGAGCGUUCGCGCUGCUUUUUGGAACGCAGAUUUCGUCUGUAUCGACAGAUUUGUGGCUGACAAACUGGACCAGUUACAGGCCCACGGGGGGUAACUUGACGUUCUAUCUGUCGGUAUACGCUUAUCUCGGUCUAAGUACCAUCGCACUGGGGUUUGUUGGAGACCUGUGCUGUCGAUACGCUGGACUCAGUGCGUCGAAACAAAUUCACCACCGACUCCUCCGUCGCGUUAUAAAGGGGACGAUGCGCUUCUUUGACACGACACCAGUCGGUCGUAUCCUCAAUCGAUUUUCUAACGACGUGAACACAAUCGAUCAGAAACUGAACACAGCCAUCGUCCAGUUUGUCUCCAUGCUUCUCGCGCUUCUCAGCAUGCUGGCAAUUCAGAGCUCUACGGCUCCUGUGCUGCUGGUUCUGCUUGUCCCAGUCUUCAUCUGCUACGUCGCGUACCAGCGAUUCUACGGGAAAUCCUGUCGAGAGCUGCAACGUCUGGAUAAUAUCUCCAAGAGCCCCGUGUACGCGCAUUUCACGCAGACGUUGAAUGGUCUGGUGACGAUCAGGACUUUUGAGAUGGUGGCACAGAGUCAACACACACAAGCGCUCAAGAUCAACGAGAACACCAAGGCUUUUCUACUCUUAAACCUGAUCAACCGGUGGCUUGGAGUUCGCUUGGAGCUCCUCGGGGCGGUGAUCACGUUCGCAGUCGCGUUCUUCGUCAGCCGCGACCACGUGGCGCUCUCCAGUGCCAUGGCGGGGCUGCUACUGAGUUAUUCGCAGAAUAUGACGUCGCUACUUAACUGGAUCAUCCGCAACAAUAUCGACAUGGAGAACAUGAUGAACAGCGUCGAGCGUAUAGAUGAAUACUGCCGCGUGGAUACCGAACCCGUGACGCUGCUUAAUCAUCAUUACGAACGGUAUACUUCCCCCAAGUCACGUUCGUUGCAGCUGCGACCACAGUGGCCUGAGCACGGCAAGAUCAACUUUGUCAAUGUUUGUGUACGGUACGACCCCCUCUCAGCGCCAGUGCUUCACAAUAUUUCAUUUACGGUGAGAGGAGGUGAGAAAGUUGGGAUCUGUGGACGUACUGGAGCGGGUAAAAGCUCGCUGCUUCUUGCACUUUUCCGCAUGGUAUCGUUCGAUUCUGGAGUGGGAGGUGGCAGUAUUUACAUCGAUGAAGUGGCCACUACUGCGCUGACGUUGACGGAGCUGCGUUCCCGUAUGGCCAUCAUUCCCCAGGACCCGGUGCUCUUUGCAGCUAGUGUGCGCUUUAAUCUGGACCCGACAGGACAAGCGACGGAUAAUGAACUGUGGAACGCCAUCCGGAAAUCUCGUCUGGAGAAUUUUAUCAAAAGUUUACGUGGUGGACUCGACGCCGAAGUUCUAGAAGGUGGCGACAAUUUUAGUGUUGAUUUUGUGUCUGGAUGA